CUCUUCUCUCUCUCUCUCUCUCUUCCCCUCUCCUAUCUGGAAUAGAAGAGUUACAUUACAGAACAAUUUUACGUUAUUAUCUUUCCUACAAACUCGGACCUAUAAUUCAUAUAUAUUAUUUUCUACCUACCUAAGAAGUACCUCUUCUUUUUCAACAACAGAAAUUAUUAUUUAUCAUUAUUAUUAAUUUAUUAUUGCUAUAUAGAGGCACCACCACCACCAGGCACCAGCACCGUCGUCGACCCCUCAAUUGGAAUAUCAACGGCCGCCUUCAAUUCCCUGAUCGAUCUUCAAUUAUUGGAUUUAUUCGAAAUUCUGGUUUGAGGAUUGUUGUCUAUAAGAAAGAAAGAAAGAAAGAAAGCAAGGAGAGAUGGCGGAGAGGAUACAGAGGUUACUGGUUGAGGUCCUAACAGAGCCCCAAAAGGGAGGAGAGUCACUGAUUGGGAGCAUCAAAAUUGCUGUUUUACCAAUUGCAAAGGUUUUUACAAUAUGUUUCCUUGGUUUUCUCAUGGCCUCCAAGUGCGUUAACAUCUUGCCAUCUAAUGGGAGAAAGCUUCUUAAUGGGCUGGUCUUCUCACUUUUGCUUCCUUGUUUGAUAUUUUCUCAACUUGGACAAGCCAUAACCUGGGAAAAGAUGAUUGAAUGGUGGUUCAUUCCUUUCAAUGUUGUUCUUGCCACCAUAACAGGCUCCAUUAUAGGUCUUAUUGUUGCAUCCAUUGUCCGCCCUCCUUACCCUUACUUCAAGUUUACCAUUAUACAGAUUGGAAUAGGUAAUAUUGGAAACGUGCCACUUGUCUUGAUUGCUGCUCUGUGUCGAGAUAAAUCAAACCCUUUUGGUGACUCUAAUAAAUGUUCCCAGGACGGAAAUGCAUACAUCUCAUUCGGCCAAUGGGUUGGUGCUAUUGUCCUGUAUACCUAUGUUUUUCAAAUGCUAGCUCCUCCUGAUGGUGGGACAUUUGAUGUUGAAGACGGAGAUGCGCCUAUAAAGAUUCCUACAACAACUAGCUCCUUUCUUAAUAAAGAUACUCCUCCUGAGCAACUUCCCCUGCUAUCAGAUGAGGCUACACUAGCUCGUUCAAAUGCUACAAAAAAGGGAUACAAGGUCAAAGAUCUUUUGAAAUAUAUAUAUGAAAAAUUGAAGCUCAAACAAAUCAUUCAGCCUCCAAUCAUUGCUUCUAUCCUUGCAAUAUUUAUAGGGUGUGUUCCAUUUUUGAAGAAAUUAAUCUUCACUACAGAUGCUCCACUCUACUUUUUUACGGACAGCUGCAUGAUUCUUGGGGAAGCAAUGAUUCCGUGCAUAUUAUUAGCUUUAGGAGGCAAUCUGGUGGAUGGGCCAGGGAGUUCAAAACUGGGAGCACGUACAACAGCAGCGAUUGUAUUUGCAAGAUUGAUGUUAGUACCUCCAACAGGACUAGGCAUUGUUAUGCUUGCUGAUAAGUUGGGUUUCCUUCCCCCCGGUGAUAAAAUGUUCAGAUUUGUUCUCCUACUCCAGCACACUAUGCCCACUUCUGUGCUUUCAGGUGCCGUGGCCAAUCUACGAGGUUGUGGGAGGGAAGCUGCUGCCGUCUUGUUCUGGGUUCAUAUUUUUGCUGUUUUCUCAAUGGCUGGUUGGAUCAUUUUAUACUUGAACAUUCUUUUCUAAUUUUACACCUUCCCCAUCUAAUAAUACAUUAGCUGCUCUUUUCUCUCUUAAGAAAGAUUAAGGCGGCAUAUA